AUGCUUCACAACUCCAGCCACAGGGAAGGCAUGGUGCAUGUGGAUAAGUCCCGGAGGGAGCGGGACAGGGACAGGGAAGGGGUGUGGGCAGGGGCAGGGGGAGCCCUGGCCCCCGGUACCUCCUCCCCAUUCCCCCCUGAGCCUCCAGGGGCCUCGGGCAGCAAUAUCCCUGUCUACUGUGCCCUCUUGGCCUCUGUGGUCCUCGGUCUGCUUGCCUAUGUGGCCUUCAAGUGCUGGUGCUCACGUAAACAAAGACAGCAGCUGGCCAAAGCUUGGACUGCAGAGCUGGGGGCCUUCAACAGGGACCAGAUGCAUGGGGAGAGCAGUGUCUUCCGGGACUCUCCUAGCAGCCUGGAGCCCUGUGUCCCCAGGCAGGGGCCACAUUCUGAACUUGGCUGCCGGCUUUACCUCCAUCUCCCUCGGCAGCAGCAGGAGGAAGUGGAACAGCUCCUGGAGGCAUCGGGUGAACCUGACAAAGGCUGGCAGGGCCUGGCGGGCCACCUCACUGCUGAGGCAGUGGAGACCAUGGCUCAGAGCCAGGUGCCAGCCUACACCCUGCUGAAGUACUGGGCUGUUCAAGAAGGCAGUGGUGCCACCCUCAGGGUGCUAGCAGAUGCGCUGGCUGUCCUGGGUCGUGAAGAUGUGGUCCGGGCCCUGGGCCCACUGGCUGAGGACUGCUCCGUGGUGUGA